GAAUUUCCCAUUCCAAAUUAUACACAUAAAUUACACACAAUAGCUUCUGACCAACAUGCCACAGCAAAAGCGGAGGCAGACGUUGCCGCAUAGUCAAGCGCUGGACGAGAAUUUCGAGUGCUUAAUUCGUGUGGCAUACAGCAUUUGGGAGACACUGGCCCGUCCCAAGGAUCGCAAUAUUUGUGGCAAAACACUGGCGCAGCUGUCCAAUUUCAACAAAUCGAACUCGAUGGAGGUGAAGCAAAAUGUGCGUCAAUUUCUUAAAUUCUAUUUACGGGUGCUGCGCUGGACGCAAACGCAUCAGCCGAUCAUACUCUACGAAAAAUGGUAUGGCAAAGGCGGCAAUAAAUGUGAAACGUCGCCGUCGCCGGAUGAUGAUGAGACACACAUUUGGCUGGAGGAGGGCAGCUCGUAUUUGGCCAUGAAACACUUUGACGAUGGCUCCAUAAUGAUCUACUCGGCGGUGGCCAAAGAUGCCACCAGUGGCUGGGCGGAGAACGGCUUUAAGCUGUUGUCGGAACAGAAAGAUUAGAUCUUAAU